AUGCUGCGUGCUGUGGUCGUCGCUCUCUUGGGCGCAACCUCCGCGUUCGCCCUCUGCGGCCCAGAGAACCCGUGCCCCCAGAGCGCACCAUGUUGCUCCCAAUACGGCGAAUGUGGCGUCGGCGCCUACUGCCUCGGUGGAUGCGAUCCUCGAGGCUCCUUCAAGCUCGACGCCUGCGCUCCUGCGCCCGUUUGCACCAACAAGAAAAUGAAAUUUGACCAGAUCGACAAGACCAGCGUCAACAUCCUCAAGUACCUCGGCGACGCCAGCAAGGCCGACUGGAUGGUGCAGGGUGAGGUGGUACAGUACAAUGACUAUACGCUCAUGACCAUGGCCAAGGACACACCCGGAACCGUUCUGGCAUCCACCGAGUACAUGUGGUACGGCAACGUCAAAGCCACCAUGAAGACGAGUCGUGGCCGUGGCGUCGUCACUGCCUUUAUCCUGCUCUCGGAUGUCAAGGACGAGAUUGACUACGAAUGGGUUGGUGUCGACCUUGGCACCUCCCAGACAAACUACUACUUCCAAGGCAUUACCGACUACGGAAAUUCGGGAAAUAUCUCCACCGACGACACUUUUGGCAGCUGGCACGAGUACGAAAUUCGCUGGACACCGGACAAGAUUGAGUGGCUGGUUGAUGGUACCACCCACCGUACCAAGGAGCGCAAGGACACUUGGAAUAAGACGGCCAAUGCCUGGGCGUUCCCGCAGACUCCCGCCCGUAUCCAGCUCUCCAUCUGGCCCGGCGGCAAGGCUAGCAACCCAGCUGGCACCAUUAACUGGGCUGGUGGUGUCAUCUCGUGGGACCACCCCGACGUCAAGAACAACGGGUACUACUACGCCGCUGUCAAAUCGGUCGAGAUUGAGUGCUACGGCGCCAAGAGCGCCCCUGGAACCAACAAUGGCAAGAGCUACAUCUACACGGAUGCCAAAGCCACCAACGACACUGUCAAGGACACGGACAAGGACAACAUUCUGGGCUCGUUCGAUGCCACUGGCCUUGACAUGGGCGUGGGAAAAUCGAACCCUGACAAGCCCAAGUCGACCCAAGCUUCCGUGCCUGGCGGCGGUAUUCCGGGCAAGAACGAUCACGGCGACGUUAAUCCCGACGGUGGCAGCUCCGGGCAGGGAACCCCUCCCGCACAGGGCCUGGACCCGAAGACGUGCGACCCCAAGGUUUUUAACCAGGAUUGCAGCACCACCACCGACGGCGAUGGCAAGUCAAAAACCACGGGCAAGAGCUCUGGCUCGCAAACGCAGGCCAGCAGCGUCCUGGCGAUGGUCAUUGCGGGCGCCGCUCUGUUCUGGUUGUAA